AUGGAUGAACAAAAACAAAAUAAAGUUAUCAUAAAAGUAAAGUAGUUUUUAAGAAUUAGAUUUUAAUAAAAUAAGCAUUGAUACAAUAAUACUUAAUUAAUAUAAAUGUAUGUUGUCUUUUGAAUGAUUAUUUUUAUACAAUAGCAUUAAAUGGUUUAGGAAUAAUAUUCAUUGCUUUUGUUUAUCAUAUUAUACCUUUAAAGAGUAGUAAAGUUAAGUAUAUAGUGGAAUAUUCAUUGUUAGCUGGAGUUUAAGUAAAUAUUUGAAAAUAGGGAUAUUAGAUUCUUGCAAUAUUCAUGAAAGAAUUAUUAAUAUAUUUAGCAAGUUCAUUAUUAGGAUUAUCAAUUUUAUCAGUAUUGUUUAAGAUAUGUAGAACUUAAUUAAACGUUGACCAAUCAUUAGGUUUAUUUAAAUUAGUAAUUAUAUAUAUGUUGAUAGUUGAAAGUGUGUAGGGAUGUUGAAAUGUUUUUUAAGUUUAUAACUUCUAUUUUUAUCAUUACAUUUAAACUCUGUAUUACCAUGGAGUUGGAUAUAAAUAUUUGUUAUAUUAUGGUUUAUUUUAGUUUGCGGUUUGUUAUUUUAGAUUUGCAUGAUAUUGAAUUUAAUUUAUAAGACAUUUAAAAGAUUGAAUUAUUCAAUUGA